AUGUCAGUUAACAAUGAAGUCAAUGUUAAUUUCAAUAACAUAGACUUUGAGUAUGAGAGCAAUGAGAAUGCUGAAGAUACUGUUGGUAUUGCUGUUGAAGAAACAUGUUUUCAAACAGCAGUAUGUCUGAGAAUUCUAUGCACAGAUUUAUUGCAACAUUCACUGUGCUAUUUGCAUUACUACGUGGUCAACAAGGGCAUGGUUAUCUUUAUUGAGUUCAUCAAUAAACUCUUGAAGAUUUAUAAGCAGGGCUUCCAGCUUCCCACAAGUCUGCCUGGUCUUCAGUAUAUGACUGAAUUUUGUGAGCUCUCCAAGGGCAUAAGACAAUUUGUGCACUGCAAUAAUUGCUAUGCAAUUUAUGAAGAAAAUCAAUCUGCUCCUUCUCACUGUGUCUUUUUAAAGACAGAUGCUUUCAUUAACAACUUGCCUUGCAGUAACCAGCUUAAAGCUGAGAACUUAAUCCUUAUAAAAUUUAUAUCUGCUCCCAAGAAAUCUAAAACUGACAAGAUAAAAAACUAUCUUGAACUAAUUGUAGAUGAGUUGAUACAGCUGUAUUGUGGAGUAAGAAUCCCAACAUUUGUGUCUCCUACUGAUCAAGUGAUUUGUGCUGCAUUGAUGAUAGUUGCCUGUAAUAUCCCAGCUGCCAGAAAGACCAGUGGAUUUACUGCACAUGAUAGCACAUGUGCAUGCUUUAAGUGCAACCAUCAUUUCACUCACCUUGACAGCACAAAAAAGUUGUACUGCCUUGGAUACUUUGAUCUAGUAUGUGGAACAAUCAUUGAUCCCAUGCAUAAUCUGUUCUUGGGGACAGCAAAAAGAAUGAUGGAUCAGUGGAUUGAAUGUGAUUUCUUUGCAUUUGAGAGAUACAAUGACCAACUCAAAAAUAUCAGCAUAAAUGGCAAGAACGGUUUUGAAGCCACGUUUAUGAGAUGCUUUGUUGAAGAUAUAUACAAAAGUAAUUUUGUUAAUUCUGUUCUUACAUGUCUUACUCAAGCUCUCUUUCUUUCUGUCCUUUCCAAACUUAUCUGUUUAUCUACAUCUGUCUUUACCUUACUAUCUGCCUCCUUCACAAUUAUUCAGUCACCAUUCAUUUUGCAAGCAUAUGUGGAUUCUUCUGAAACUAUCAGAAUUUCUAUCUUAGACAAUGAAUCUCUCUCACCUACAUUCUUCUCACUUUCAGUUAGUAAAUCUUUUUCAAUGGGUGAUAUUGAUUAUCCCCAUUCGUUGGAAUACUACAAACUCGCAUAUCUCACUCCUAAUGUUGUCCAUUAUAAAAAUGCUGCUACCUCUCCAUUCUUUGUUAACAAUCAGAUUAUAAAGUUGAAAUCAAUCAAUAUUCUUGGCCAAGUGUACUAUGGCAAUAAUGGCACCACUGGCCGCAGAUCAUAUGUCCAAUCAUUGUUUCUUGGCAGUGAUAGAAGUAUAGAACCAAUCUUCACUUAUCAAAUCAAGUAUAUCUUUAUUCAUUAA